CCGCCGGCCAAGCAGGUGCGGCGUGGAUUCAUUGUGCAUCCAUCGGCGCAGCACGUCCCUUGCACAUGCUAGUUUGGCGAUCCCGUCCUCUCACGAGAUCCAAGCUUUUACUCGCUGUUCCUCGUCGUUUCUUCACAGACGACGCCUCAUCACCGCCGUCAACUCCCAGACCACCACUUCCACUCACGUCCCUUGCCGCCAUGGACGUUACCCGCCACAACUUUGCCGAAGCGUUGGUGGAUCUUGAAAAGCAGCUCGCGUUGCCGUCCUGUCGGUUCGUCGCGAUCGACACUGAAUUCACAGGGCUGACGCCGUCCGAGUUUACGCGGGAAAAGGUCAUCGACACGCUCGAAGAGCGAUACGCCAAGGUCCGGUCGUCUGGCGAGAACUUCCUCAUCACCCAAUUCGGCGUGGCGCUCGUGCAUGUCGCCGACUCGAUCGACGUUGAAGAUGAGGCCAAGACGUGGAUCUCAUGCUGGAACUUUUACGUGUUUCCUCGGCCAUAUCAGAACGUCGACGCGCGCUUCCUCUGCCAAGCGUCGUCCAUGCAGUUCAUGGCCGAGCACGGGUUCGACUUCAACAAAUUCAUCCGCGACGGGAUUCCGUACCUGUCGCGCAAGUCCGAGCUGAGUGUGCGCCGCAGCCACGAGAAGUCGAUCGCGAACCUCGGCAAGUCGCCGCCCGAGAAGAUCACUGUCGGCCGCCACUUUGACAAGCUCUUCUUGACCGAGACAGUCGAGCGCAUCGACACGUGGCUCGCCGACUCUGCGUCCGCCGACGCCAGUUCGCCCGCCGAGCUGUUCAUUUCCGCGCGCAACUCGUUCCGUCGGCUGCUCGUGCUCCACGCGGCGCGGUUCCUGUCGACCCAUCCCGACGCCAAGUCGCUGUACAUGGAGACCAACGACAACGGCGUGCGCCUCAUCCGCACGUCGUCGGCCGUCGAGCGCGAUUCGCUCAAGAAGCGCAAGAUCGACGCCAUGAACCAAGACGUUGAAGCCGCCAUCGGGUUCUCCAAGGUCAUCCAGCUGCUAGGCAAGUCCAACAAACCCGUGGUGGGUCACAACUGCCUCCUGGAUUUUGUCUACUUGUUCCACCAGUUUGUGGGGCCGCUGCCGCCCACCCUCGUGCAAUUCAAGCUCCAGCUCGGCAAGGCGUUCCCCGCCAUCUUCGACACCAAGCACCUCGCCAUGAUGUCCCCAGUCCGCGACCAGUUCGAGUCGACGUCGCUGUCUGCCAUGUUUGAGUACAUGCGGGACCACCUCGCCCUCGAUGUGUCGACACUGGUCAGCCCAGACACGUCCAGCUCGUACCACCACGCGCUCAAGAAGCCGUCCGCUGACGCCGCCGCCAUGCCAUGCCACGAAGCCGGCUUCGACGCGCUCAUGACCGCCAUCGUCCACCUUGGCUUCACAUCGCUCUCGGCCAACGGAUGGUCCACGGACCUCCCCCUCGACCUGCGCACGGACUUUCGGAACCUGUCCUUGUACGAGAACCGCAUCAACCUCAUGGUAGUGGAUCGUCCAUCGUAUUUAGACGUGGGCGACGUCGACCAAGAGCUGGACCGGCGACAUGUGUACGUGUUGUCGGGGGACGCGGCGGCGCUCAAGGAGGCCCGUCCCGACGACAUGUUUGCCGCGUCGCGUGUGAAUCGGGUGGUCCGGGAAGACAAGGAAACGUACGUGUUCCUGUCGGAACCCGUCCAAGGCGACCUCCCCACACACCCACACCUCGUGGUUUCUCCGUUUGCAGAGUACAUCAAAGCCACUGCGAAGAAGAAUGAACCCAAGUACGACGACCAAGACAAGGCCGACGACGCUGCUCCGCCCGCCCGAUGGUGCACGAUUCAAUAAACGCUAGACAUGCCAUUCAUGAUUGAUGUCCAGUCUGUUGUUGUUCACAGUCAGUGUAUGUACAGGAUUGACUUGCUAACGUUAUGUCAUGU